UCGAUAAAUUGGUUCUGAUUAGUUAAUAAUUUAUUACCGACUGAAGCUACCGAUUGAUUAUUGAAAGUUUCGAGUUGUGCUUGUCUUGAUCUCCCUGCCACCUAUAUAUCUUGUGUGUUGACAAAAUGUCAAUGCGGUUUAUUUUGUGCCAGCAUGCGUGAUCAGCAUGAAGUUAGACUGGUGUGACCAGGUCAAAACGUUUAAAAUGCCAUAGAUCUGUUUUUGCCGGUGGUUUAGAUGUCCUUUGUCUGGAAGCAUGGAAAAAUACCAAAGAAUACGAGUCGUAGGAAGAGGUGCAUAUGGUACAGUGCAUCUUUGCAAAAGAAUUAGCGACAGGAAAUUGAUCAUCAUCAAAGAGAUCCCUGUUGAACAAAUGACUAAAGAUGAGCGUCAGUCUGCACUGAAUGAAGUGAAAGUUCUCUCCAUGCUAGACCACCCUAAUAUCAUAGAAUAUUACGAGAACUUUCUGGAAGAUAAGGCUUUGAUGAUUGUAAUGGAAUAUGCACAAGGUGGGACUUUGUAUGACUAUUUACAACAAAAGGGGGACAAUUUGCUGGAAGAGGAGCAAAUACUGCACUAUUUUGCCCAAAUGCUGCUGUCCCUACAACAUGUACAUUCCAAACAGAUUCUACACAGGGAUCUCAAGACACAAAAUAUUCUGCUGGACAAAAAGAAAGAAGUGGUGAAAAUUGGUGAUUUUGGGAUUUCAAAAGUACUAAGCAGUAAAAGUAAAGCAUACAGUGUCGUAGGAACACCAUGUUACAUAUCUCCAGAGCUAUGUGAAGGAAAACCAUACAACCAGAAGAGCGACAUCUGGGCAUUGGGAUGUGUUCUGUAUGAACUUGCCAGUCUGAAGAGAGCAUUUGAAGCGCAGAACCUGCCAGCAUUAAUACUGAAGAUAAUGAGGGGCACAUUUUCUCCCAUAUCCGAUAAAUACAGCAAAGAACUUCAGUCCCUGAUCCUUAGUAUGCUCCAUUUGGAUCCUAACAAAAGACCGCAUAUCAACCAAAUAAUGGCACAGCCUAUUCUCAUCAAUUCACUGAUGAACCUGUAUACUGACAUUGGAAUGCUACCAUGCACUAGGGUCCAAAGUCCCCUGUCCAGUCUCCCAGGUCAGGCUAGGGGAGCUACAGGAGGUGGGGGAGGUGGGAAACUCUCGCCAAGACCUGGCAGUGCUACUAGAGAAUCCCUGGCCAGUCUUGUAAUGGACUCCAGUGGGGGUCUUCCCAAGCCCCCAGUCCUGUGUUCAGUGUAUUACUGGGGUAGUGGAAUAUCUUCUCCUAUGUUACUCCCCCUGCCAAGCAGUGACACACAAGUGGAAGAAGUUUCUAUUGGGAGAACACAAAAAGCUGCUGUAACGAAAAAUGGGAGGCUGUUUGUGUGGGAGGCUCCCACAGUAGGCACGGACAGCAUGCUGCCAGGUGCCACAGAGGGCCAGGUGCCAGCAUUUGUCCCCAGGUAUCUGGAGGGACAGUCAGCUGUCACAAUACAGCAUGUUGCAUGUGGGGACCUCUUUACAGCUUGUCUCACUGAUCGAGGCAUUUUGAUGACAUUUGGAAGUGGGGCCAAUGGCUGCUUGGGUCAUGGCAAUUUCAAUGAUGUAUCACAGGCUAAAAUUGUGGAGGCACUGCUGGGUUAUGAGGUGGUCCAGGUAUCCUGUGGGGCCUGCCACGUGUUAGCAGUGACUAAUGACCACGAGGUGUUUGCCUGGGGAAGAGGAGACAAUGGUCGCCUUGGACUGGGUACACAAGAAUCUCAUUCCUUGCCUCAGCAAGUUGGCUUUGAAGAGACUGAGCAGCCCUGCUCUGUACAAUGUGGGGUGGAUUGUUCCAUGCUGCUGACAGUGGAAAACAAGUUGUUGUGCUGUGGUAAUAACAGAUAUAACAAGCUAGCCUUGGACACUGCUGGCAGUGGAGGGUCACUGAGACACAUAGAAGAAGUCCACACAUUUACCCCAGUGUCCACACCACCUCUGGUCAAUACCCCUAUCAAACAGGUGGCCAUGGGGACCUCACAUACUAUUGUCAUUACAGAACAAGGAGAGUGCUACAGCUUUGGUAGUAACCAAUUUGGCCAGUUAGGAUAUAACAAAAGACCCACUGAUGGUUAUCCAGAGAAAAUCCCUGCUCUUCAAGGGGUCCCAGUUACUAUGGUAGCAGGCGGAGACACAUUUUCAGUGGCUGUUGCAGCAGGUGGUAUUGUGUACUCCUGGGGCAAGGCAGCCCGUGGACGUCUGGGGAGAUCUGGGGACAUCACUGACAUCCCACAACCCAUUACUUUUACUGACCAAGACAGAUUUAAUGUCACAUCUGUGUCAUGUUGCCAUGGAAAUACUUUGCUAGCUACAUGCCCUGUGCAGCAGCCUGGCACUCCCAGAGAAUAAUUAUGUACACAAAGCUGCCUCUUUCACUGGGAAGUUUUUUAUUGUGGAGAUGCGCCAGAGCAUGAAGAAUCCCAUGCAAGUACCACUUGGGCAAUUCCACAAAAGGGUUGCUGCAGCUAUUUUAGUUCCCAUGCCCCAAUGCCAAAUAAAUAAUAAAACUGCCUAGCUGCUAUUGUGCAGUUAUCUUUAUCACAGUUCAUAUCUCACAUUGCUGUAAAUUUAGAAUUUUUUAGUAGAAUUGUUAGAAUAUCAAUAUUUGUCAUGUGUUGCACUUUUUGCAAUAUGGUCAGUGCAAUGCUGUUAGGCAAUCUACAAUUUCUUACAUUACUAAUGGAUGAGAAUGUAUUGUUUACACUUAGUUCAGUGCUGCAAAGCAGUGCUUUGAAGUUAUUAAGUAUUCAUUUAAGAUAUGUUUAUUUUAA